AUGAAAGAUCCUUUGGCAUAUUUUCCAUUUAAGAAGGCAGGUAAAGGUCUCAAUUGGUUGCCAACUGGGCUAGAGGCUAUCAAGGACCUCGCCGAUGAUGGAGGUAACGAGCAGGAAGGAAGGGACCUUCAGCGGCAGCUGGAGCUCGCAGAGGCCAAUCGUUUGACCAACAAGAUGAUUCCACCAGCCCAGGUGCAAUUGAGCCGUAGCUUGACGGCGAGCAGAUCACCGCGAUGCCUUCGAUUUGACGACGAGCCAACUGUGAAUAUCCCCGAGCACGAGGAGAUGAAGAGAAUAAUGGCGAAGAGGAACCGCCGAGGGUCCAGGGACAUCGCUCGUUUUGAGGUAGAAGGCGGAGGCGACCGAGUUUUACCUGCAUCACCUGCUGCACAUCACACCAAUCACGUCUUUUCAUUGUUGGAUGCAAUCGCUGGAGGUGCGGUCGACACGUGGAACUCAUCGCCUAUCGCAUCCAUGCUAUCCCCGAAAGACGACAAGAGUUUGAACACGAUGGAAGAGAAGUUUAAUGACGCAAUCAACCGUCGCAAUGUCCAAGAUAGACAGAGGCAGGACAUUUCAAGUCCCACGGGUAGUUUUGCGCUGGAAAGAAUCUUUACAGCAGAGGCUGAGCAGCCAGCAAAGACUUUGGUGCAGCUGAACAAUCCCAGUCGGUUUGGGGUGGCCUCACCUAAGUCUUCAAAGGAAUGGAGUUUUUGA